AUGACAGAAAAAGUUCAUUCACCUCUUUUAACAUUACCAGUCGAAAUUGUGUAUCGAAUCUUGGAUAAUUUGGAUGAAUUUACUAUUUUAUGUUCUGUUCGUGAUGUUUGUCAUCGAUUCAAUCUAAUUACCGAUACAUCUAAUCGAUAUCAAUUAUUCACUACACUUGAUCUAAGCAAUUAUCAGUUACAAGAUCAUCACAUACAAUGUCUCGUCAAAACAUUGCCAAAUACUACCACGUUAACUACAAUCAAUAUCGGUAGUAACACAAAUCAAGAUGGUUUAAUUGUUAAAUUAAUCAAUGCUCUUAAAAACAAUAAAACACUUACCACACUCGAUAUUAAUUGUAAUUCUAUUAAAGAUCAAGAAGCACAAGAUCUUGCUAUUUUGCUUGAUAAUAACAAAGUAUUAACUACACUUAAACUUGGUCAAAAUGAAAUUGAUGAUCUUGCAGUAAAAUAUAUUGCCGAUGCUCUUUCAAAAAAUACGACACUUGCUACUUUAGAUUUAAGUCAUAAUCAAAUUCAAGAUCAAGGAGUACAAUGUCUUAGUGAUGCGCUCAUAAAAAAUAAUACAUUGACAACACUAGAUCUUAGUUAUAAUAAUAUUCAAGAUGAUGGUAUAGAACAACUUGCUGAUGCUCUUAAAAUCAAUCACGCACUCACUAUGCUUGAUCUUACAGGAAUUCAAUUUGGAGAAAUAGGUGCUAAACAACUUGGUAAUAUGCUUUUAUAUAAUAAAACACUCACUUUACUCAAUCUGGGAAGUAAUAACAUUGAUUCUCAAGGAAUAUUAUAUUUAGCUAAUGGUUUGAAAGAUAAUAAAACACUCAUUAAUCUCGAUCUGAACAAGAAUCAAAUUGAAGAUGAAGGUGCUAAAUAUCUUGCUGAUGCACUUAUAAUCAAUACUACACUCGAAAUACUGAAUUUAAGUGAAAAUGGAAUGGAAUAUCAAGGAGCACAAUAUCUCGCUAAUGCAUUAGAAAAGAAUUCAUCAUUAAGAAUAUUCGAUCUUGCAAGAAAUGGAAUAACUGAUAUAGGUGCAGAGCAUUUUGGUCGUGCACUUUCAAGCAACAAAACACUUACUUCACUCGAUCUUAGUAAUAAUGAAAUUAAUGAUCAAGGAGGACAAUACCUUGCUAGUGGUCUAAUUAAUAAUAAAACACUUGACUCAUUGAAUCUUCACACAAAUAGCAUUGGAGAUCAAUCAGCACAUAAACUUUCUGUUGUUCUAAUAACUAACAAAACACUUACAACUAUCGAUUUUAAUAAUAAUAAAAUUACUGAUAAUGGAAUAGAACAUCUUGCUGAUAGUCUUACAAAAAAUACAACAUUAACUAUACUCGAUUUGGGAAUGAAUCAAAUACGUGAUCAAGGUGCAGAAUAUCUUGCUAAUGCUCUUCAAACGAAUAGAACAUUGACAAUACUUAAUCUUCAAUAUAAUGAAAUUACAGAAAUAGGAGCUGGUUAUCUUGCUGUUGUUCUUUCAGAUUAUUCAACAAUUGUAACAAUUUAUCUUCGUUGGAAUAAUUUUGGCGAAGAAAAACGAGAAAAACUAAUGAAACUUGCCAAUGAAAAUGAACGAUUAAAACUAACAGAUGUUUGUUGUUGGAAUUAA